AUGGCGGAGCCAGCCCACCCCAAGCACACGCCGGGCCUAUCCCAGCACCUCCAUGGCGUUUUAACCGAGCUGCAUCGGCGGCCGUACCCACAUGUUCCCAACCCACCAGACUGCAAGAAACGAGCAUCGGUGGCCCUGAUUCUCCGGAUAAAACCGACCUACGACCACUGGCCGAGCUCCAGCACUGGAACAAGUGAUCCCUCUUUGUCCAUUGAGCAGCGUCUGCAGAGUUUCUUUGCCCAGCCGUGGGUUCAGCAUGGGGAUCCGGAGGUUUUGUUCAUCAAGCGCGCCUCGCGUGUGGGAGAUCGGUGGACCGGUCAUGUCGCUCUGCCGGGUGGAAAGAGGGACCCGGAAGACGUGGAUGAUCGAGCAGCGGCGAUUAGGGAGGCGUCCGAGGAAAUUGGACUGGACCUGACGACGGACGAUGUGAUCAGCGUGGGCAACCUCCCCGAGCGAGUGGUCACUACUAGCUGGGGAUCGAUACCACUGAUGGUUCUUUCCCCGUUUGUCUUCAUUACCACUCGAAGCGAUUGCGCAACAUUGAAACUACAGCCCACCGAGGUGGCAUCAACACAUUGGAUCCCGCUACGAGCUCUGUUAUCCCCGUCCCUUCGUACAGUCGAAUAUGUGGACAUGUCGCAGCGGUUUGCUCGGCAGGGCGGGUUCCUGACUCGCCUGGCUGUGCGGUCCCUGAUGGGCUGGAUGCAGUUCUCGGCCGUUCGACUGCUCCCGUCAGAGACCCAACAGUGCACUUCAGUCCCGGGGUUUGUGCCUGAUGACACGAAUCAAAAGACCUCAUUGAUGUCCAGGUUUAAAUCUUGGAGUCUGAGCAACCAAGCGGAUUCGGGUGAUUUGAACCGCCCCCUGUUACUUUGGGGCCUGACGCUUGGUAUCUUGGCUGAUUUCUUGGACAUGCUUCCUCCUCACACCGCCGUCGAGCUAUGGAAGUACCCUACAUUCACUGCGCCUGAUUUACGCUUCAUUGUAAGUGUCUUGACCUUCCACCUACGAAAGCGCAAUGCGCGUGACGUGAAAUUGGGUGCCCGGCCCAACGAAACUGCCGCGGACAGCGAAACCGCCGCCCUGCCCGUCACCCCGAAUGCAGACGGCCAUGACCACAACAAAGUGGGGAUCGGUGGUCUGGGUGUUGGCCGGUACUAUGGCCCAGGCGAUCGCGCCGUGGAUGGGACCUCGUACGCCGUGGGCAUCAUGUUGCGGGGAUAUUAUCAACGGUUGCGGAUGGCAAUCUGGCUCUUCCUCGCCUGGCGCGCGGCUCUUGGCUCAGCAGCAGCCAUUACAGUUUGGCGAUUUCUUCGUCGGCGACUCCAGUAA